CACUCGACGCAUUCCACAAUGACCAGGUACGCCCUUCAGGAAACUUCGGCAAAGUCUGUCAAGGCUCGUGGCUCCUAUCUCCGUGUUCACUUCAAGAACACUCGUGAAGUUGCUGCUGCCAUCAAGGGCUAUAAGCUCACCAAGGCCGUUUCCUACCUUAAGAAUGUGACCAAUCACAAGGAAGCCAUUCCUUUCCGUCGGUUUGCAGGUGGUAUUGGCCGCACUGCUCAAGCCAAGGUUUUUGGCGUUCAACGUGCUCGUUGGCCCGUCAAGAGUAUUGAGUUUGUUCUUGGUCUGCUUAAGAACGCCGAGUCCAACGCAGAGGUCAAGGGACUUAAUAUUGAAAACUUGGUUGUUCGUCAAAUCCAGGUUAACCAGGCUCCUAAGCAGCGUCGACGAACCUACCGUGCUCAUGGUCGUAUCAAUCCCUACAUGAGCAAUCCCUCUCAUAUCGAGCUCACUCUUGUUGAAGAGGAAAAGACUGUUGAAAAGGCAGCUGUUCCUGCAUCGGCCACUCGUAAGCUUACCAAGAAGAGAGCCGCCAUUCUCAGAAGCAAGGCAUAAAUAUCACUUAUUAGCCUUAAUUCUUUAAAAGUAGAUUGCCUCUAUGUUGUUACUCUUGUGAGAGUAUUUACUUUUAAAAAUGAAACGACGCUAGCUUGUCAUGUUUACGUCAUUGAAAUAAGAA